AUGUUCAGAUACGCGCACCUUUUUGUCCUUGCAGUUGCUGCCUUGGCUGUUGCCUUUCCAAUCUCCGAUGGGCUCACUGCGAGAGCACCAACAUCGACUUCUAUCGACCAACUCCUGAAUCUCGUUCCGUGGUAUCGGGCAUAUAAUCCAUCUAUCCAAGACCACUUCUACACCCCCGAUAUCAAUGAAUGGCACAAUGCUAUCAACACCCUGGGGUACAGUGCAGAGGGCAUAGCAUGCCGCAUCCAUUCGACUCAGGAAUGUGACACCGUUCCAUUCUACAGGGUGUACAAUCCGACUACAUACGAUCAUUUCUAUACCACGUCCAAGCCAGAGCGAGACAAUACCAUUAAGAAUCUAGGAUAUCACGAUGAAGGUAUCACAGGGUACAUCUACUCAGAAGCUGUCCUAUUUGCGGUCCCACUCUACCGCCUCUACAAUCCGUCAACCACCGAUCACUUCUACACCGUAUCCUCGGCAGAGAGAGAUAAUGCUGCAGCAAAUUUGGGGUACUCCGAGGAGGGUAUUGCUGGUUACGUUUUGCCCCCACAGUAG